AUGGCUUCAUCGACCAAAGCAGCCCGCAUGGGCGAGGAAGUGUGGAAGACUCGAGUAGACAAGGUCAGCGCCGAACUCGUCACCCUCACAUACGGUACCAUUGUCGCGCAACUAUGCAAGGACUACGAAUACAACUACGCCGAUGUCAACAAGCAACUGGAGCGCAUGGGAUACAACAUCGGUAUACGGCUGAUUGAAGACUUCCUGGCCAAGUCGAGCGCGCCUGCCUGCACCAACUUCCGCGAGGUCUCGGAGAUGAUCUCAAAGGUCGGCUUCAAGAUCUUCCUCAACAUCACACCGACAAUCACCAACUGGUCAAGCGACAACAAGCAGUUCUCCCUCAUCUUCGAGGAGAACCCGCUGGCCGACUUCGUAGAGCUGCCUGACGACGGCCGCGCGCAGGACGAGCUGUGGUUCUCCAACAUACUGGUGGGCGUGCUACGGGGUUCACUAGAGAUGGUACACAUGCAGGUGGAAGCGCACUUUGUCAGUGACGUCCUUCGCGGUAACGACACAACGGAGAUGCGGAUAACGCUGAUCCGCUACAUUGACGACGAGAUGCCACCCGAUGACGAGUAG